AUGACCACCAGCGAAGGAAGACAAAACCUUGGCCGAUUGAUUGACGGAAGAAACCCUGGUCAGGAUGCAUCAGAUGGUCGUGGAGGAACCGAGCCCAACCCUGGGCCUGGUCCUCGCUACGUAUACUAUCGGCUAUACGCCCAAGAUGGACCAAUCAAAUCAAACAACGCUAUCUAUUCCGACAAUCCUUUCAUCGGUCGCAUAAUUCCUCGAUCGGUGCCACCACCCCGUACCGCCGCAUCGCUGAAGAGACAUCUCUGCAAGAUCGAAGGCUUCUCAGCGCCCGAAAACUGCACCUUGUUUCUAUCUCUGUCGGAAAACGUGCCCGUGGACGGUGGUAGUCGUCUUUCCUUCCAAGCGGACUUUGGGCCAGGCUUAUCGUCCUCUGAUCCGGUGGCUCUUGUUGUUAGUCCCCAGGAAAGUGGAAAGUGGUCCCCAGCGUCAGUCUGGACAAGGGCAUCAAAUGAAGUUGGGGAACAGGUUCAAACACGUUAUAUUUAUUACCGCGUUUACGACGAGAACGGUGAAGUCACCUCGAAAAUGUCUUUCAAUAAAGAUGAUACCUCGCUGGGACGCAUCGAGACCCUAUUUGUUCCACCCCCUCACACUGUCGCUUCUUUAAAGUCUUGCAUAUCUAAAUCUGAAGGGGUUUCGGCUCAUGGCCUUCAAGUCUUCGAGGAUGACACCGGAGAAAUUACCAUGAAGGAUGACGAUGUAAUUGCCCUUCUUGCUGACGCCUAUCCAGGUAAUGUGGAAGAGCAACCCAUAGCAAUGGUGUACAAGGAAACUCUAAAGAAGUUUAAAUGCAAGUUCUCUCAGUGGUGGACUAGUGAUGAUUCCAACUGGCUCUCACUGAGCCCUGGGGAGAUUUUCCAUACAGAUGGAAUAUUGACAAAGAAGUGUUAUAAGACGAUAGCAAUCAACUCUGGAGGGAAAAAAGGCUUCUUCUCGUUGGCUCGAGGUGUUCUUACACCACUCCUCUUCACAGGUGUCUCCAAUGGAAACGACAAAUUUCUCUUGCUCUCUAAUGUGUACACAAUCGACACUGUCUAUGACAACCUUGUACUAUUUUAA